UCUCCUCCAUAUUGGAAGCUAUGGAGGGUCGAGAUCCUCCGCUCAAUUUCAUCAACGUCAUAUUGGCACUUCUUUCUCGCUUACUUCAGUAAACAGGACACGUUCCUAGAUGCAAGGGAUGGCAACCCUCAGAUCGGCCGCGGCUCAGGCCCCUUCAAGUUCCUAACCGAACCAAUGUCUUCGCACUUUCCGAUCUUUCAUCAUCCAAGUCCGGGCCGUGUCUUCUAGCAUCAAUUAAAUAUUCUCGAGGGUGUGAUGCUGAAAUUUUUUUUCCUUAUUUUAUUCAGCGAGGUCCACGAAUGUGUUCUGACGAUCGGCAAGAAAGCUACUUUUUGGACGUCAGCCAUUCCGUUUUCUUUCCGCUACGUCGUCAACCUCGUCUGCGAUCUUAUAUCUCUGCAAAUCCUUAACUUGGUCUUCCUCAAGUACUCAGAGUCAAUCCCGCAAAAGAUGGAAGUCUGGUUCCUCAUCCUCGUCACCCUCUCCGUCGCCGCCCCCUCAACCCUCAACCUCCUCUCCUCCGCCCCCAACAAGAAGAGCCUCCCGCCGGGCCUUACCUUCCCGGUCGUCGGCAACUUCCUAUGGCUCCGCAAGUCCUCCUCGGAGGUCGAGCCCAUCCUCCGCUCCCUCCACGCCCGUUACGGCCCGAUGGUCACCCUCCACAUAGGCUCCGGACCCGCCGUCUUCGUCGCCUCCCCGACCCUCGCCCACGAGGCCCUCGUCCAACGGGGCGCCGUCUUCGCCGACCGCCCGCCACCCUCUGCCACCAUGCGCCUCCUCUCCUCCAACCAGCACAAUAUCAACACCUCCUCCUACGGCCCCACCUGGCGCCUCCUCCGCCGGAACCUCACGGCGGAGAUCCUCCAUCCCUCCCGCCUCCGCUCCUACUCCCGCGCCCGCACGCGGGUCCUCAACAUGCUCGGGGCGGAGCUCAAGUCACAGCCUGGUGGCGUAGUCCGCGUCAUCGACCACUUCCAGUACGCCAUGUUCUGCUUGCUGGUCCUCAUGUGCUUCGGAGACUGGCUCGAGGAGGAGCAGAUUAAGCAGAUCAAGGAGGUUUCGCAACGGGCGCUGCUGAGUCAAUGGCGCUUCAACGUCCUCAAUUUCUGGCCGUGGCUGAGCAAGUUCGUCCUCCGGAAGCGAUGGAAGGAGUUCUAUGAGCUCUGCCAGUGUCGGAAACGCGUCCUCGUCCGGCUCAUCAGAGCUCGACUCAAGGCCAAGCAAGAGCAGCUGAGCAAAGCCAAGGAGGACGGAAACGACGGCAAUGGCGAUUGGAUCUUGCCGUACGUGGACACGCUCCUGGACCUGGAGCUGCCGGAGGAGAAGAGGAAGCUGGAGGAGGACCACAUCGUGAGUCUGUGCUGGGAGUUCCUCAACGCCGGCACCGACACAACGUCCACGGCGCUGCAGUGGAUCAUGGCCAACCUGGUCAAGUACCCAGAAAUCCAAGAGAGGCUCUACGAUGAAAUCAAAUCAGUUGUGGGAGAAGGGGUGGAACAAGUGAAGGAGGAGGACCUACAGAGGAUGAGCUACCUGAAAGCAGUGGUACUGGAGGGGCUGCGCCGGCACCCGCCGGGGCAUUUCGUGCUGCCGCAUGCGGUGAAGGAGGACGCGGAGUUGGGCGGCUACGCGAUCACCAGGGACGCGUCCAUCAACUUCAUGGUGGCGGAGAUGGGUUGGGACCCGAAAGUCUGGGAAGACCCGAUGGAGUUCAAGCCCGAGAGGUUCUUGAACUCCGCCGGCGGAGGAGCAGCCAGCGGGUUCGACAUCACGGGGAGUAGGGAGAUAAAGAUGAUGCCGUUUGGGGUGGGGAGGAGGAUCUGCCCUGCGUCCGGGCUCGCGAUGCUGCACCUGGAGUACUUCGUGGCGAACCUGGUGUGGCAGUUCAAGUGGCGGACGGUGGCCGGCGAGGAGGUGGACCUAUCGGAGAAGCAAGAGUUCAUCGUAGCGAUGAAGAACCCUUUAAGGGCCCAGAUUUCAUCCAGGAAUUAGGGACCCUUGAAUUUCGGAAAAUUUACGUCGAUUGUUGCCUUCAUGCACUCUCUCUGAUGUACACGCUUCUUUGCUUGGGAACCCUCGAGGUGUUUGUGAAAAUUCCUCAAAGAGCGCACGUGAAGGUUUUCGAACCACCGCCG